AAUUUUUUUCUAUUUUGUCUAAGACAUAAAACCAAAAAUAAUAAUAAUAAUAAAAGGAAGAAUUUUUCUAGUGAAAUAGCAAUGGCGGUAUCAAGACGUGUACUUUUGAUAACCCUUUUGUCGACCUUUCUGGUUACUUCCAGCAUUGCACAUGACAAGAAAGAUGAUGAAGAUGGAGAUGAAAUUAAGGCUGAAGGUAAGGCAAAUCUGGGCGUGACAUAUGAUGGAAGGUCUUUGAUUGUCAAUGGCAAAAGAGAGCUUCUCUUUUCGGGAUCCAUUCAUUACCCUCGCAGCACCCCAGCUGUCUGGCCCGACAUCCUCAGAAAAGCUAAACAAGGAGGUCUGAACGUGAUUGAGACGUAUGUUUUCUGGAACGGUCAUGAACCAGUUCAGCGCCAGUUCAAUUUUGAAGGAGAAUAUGACUUGGUGAAGUUCAUCAAGAUGAUUGCUGAGAAUAAAAUGUAUGCAAUUCUCAGGGUUGGCCCGUUUAUCCAGGCUGAAUGGAACCAUGGAGGAUUACCAUACUGGCUAAGAGAGGUCCCCAACAUCACAUUUCGUUCUAAUAAUGAACCAUUUAAGUACCACAUGAAAAAGUUCGUUACAAUGAUUAUUGACAAAAUGAAGGAGGAGAAGUUGUUUGCUCCACAAGGAGGCCCUAUCAUUUUAUCACAGAUCGAGAAUGAGUACAACACCAUUCAACUAGCAUUCAGAGAACAUGGAGACAUUUAUGUUCAGUGGGCUGGAAAGAUGGCCGUUGCGUUGGACACAGGAGUCCCAUGGAUCAUGUGCAAGCAGAGAGAUGCCCCAGAUCCAAUUAUCAAUACAUGCAAUGGAAGACAUUGUGGAGAUACUUUCACAGGUCCAAAUAGGCCCAACAAGCCUUCACUGUGGACCGAGAACUGGACUGCGCAGUAUAGAGUAUUCGGAGAUCCACCAUCUCAAAGGUCAGCAGAAGAUUUAGCAUACUCGGUCGCUCGCUUCGUCUCAAAAAAGGGUACUCUGGUCAACUACUAUAUGUACCAUGGUGGAACAAAUUAUGGCAGAACAAGCGCUGCUUUUACAACAACUCGUUACUAUGACGAAGCCCCUCUUGAUGAAUAUGGUUUGCAAAGGGACCCAAAAUGGGGUCACCUCAAGGACGUUCACAAGGCCCUAAAUUUGUGCAAGAAGGCUCUUUUUUGGGGGUCUCCUGUUGUCGAAAAGUUGGGUCCAGACCAAGAGGUUCGAAUCUGGGAGCAACCUGGAACUUCAAACUGUGCAGCUUUCUUGGCCAACAAUGACACCAAGAAAGCACAAACAAUCCAUUUCAGGGGUCAAGAAUAUGGCCUGCCAGCUCGCUCCAUUAGUAUCCUCCCUGACUGCAAGACCGUGAUUUUCAACACUCACAUGAUCACAGCACAACAUAACACAAGAAAUUUUGUAAGAUCAGCAAUUGCAAACAAGAACUUUAACUGGGAGAUAUACAAGGAAGUCCCUCCUACUCAAGCUGGACAUAGGACCAAGGAGCCAAUGGAGCUUUAUGAAUUGACCAAAGACACAACGGACUAUGCUUGGUAUACGACUAGAAUUGAAUUGAAUCGACGUGACUUACCAAUGAAAAAAGAAAUCUUCCCAGUUUUAAGGGUUGCAAGUCUUGGCCAUGGAAUCCAGGCCUUUGUAAAUGGCGAAUACAUAGGUACCGCUCAUGGGAGCAAAGUUGAGAAGAGCUUUGUCUUCCAGAAACCUGUAAAGUUCGUAGAAGGGACUAACAAUAUUGCUCUCUUGGGUGUUUUAGUGGGACUUCCAGAUAGCGGAGCCUACAUGGAGCACAGAUUUGCUGGGCCUCGUUCUAUCAACAUCCUGGGUUUGAACACUGGAACACUUGACGUAUCACUAAAUGGCUGGGGGCAUCAGGUUGGACUGGUAGGAGAAAAGAAGCAAAUAUAUACUGAGAAAGGCUCAAAGACGGUAGAGUGGACAAAGCCAGGUGGAGGAGAAGCUUUAACAUGGUACAAGGGAUAUUUUGAUGCACCUGAAGGAGACAAUCCAUUAGCUAUCAGGAUGACUGGUAUGGGGAAAGGUAUGGUCUGGAUCAAUGGUCAAAGCAUUGGCCGAUAUUGGAUGUCUUACCUCUCUCCACUUCUACAGCCUACUCAAUCCGAGUACCAAAUCCCAAGAUCGUGCCUGAAGCCAAAGCAGAAUCUUAUUGUUAUAUUUGAGGAAGAGGGAGGUGAUCCUAAAGAUGUUGAGAUACUACUAGUUGAUAGGGAUACAAUAUGCAGUUACGUAACCGAAUAUCAUCCACCAUCUGUGAGAUUAUUUGAAAGCAAAGGUGGUAACUUCAGAGCCAAGGUGAAUGAUUUGAACCCAAUGUCUGCAUUGACAUGUCCAAACCAGAAACAAAUCGUUGCCGUAGAGUUUGCUAGCUUUGGUGAUCCUUUUGGUGCUUGUGGAGGCUACUUUGUUGGAAAUUGCUCGUCUCCCGUAUCCAAGGAAGUUGUUGAAAAGUUUUGCUUGGGAAAAACCAGCUGCGAAAUUCCACUGGACAGCGUGCUUUUUGACAAUAAAAAUGAUGCAUGUCCAGAGAUGAAGAAGGCUUUGGCCGUCCAAGUGAAAUGUGCUUAUAAACACUAGUCCUAGAGCUUGAAUUAAGCUUGAGAAUUUCUUGAGCUAGCUCAUUUCCUUUUCUAGGUAGAGACAAGAGUGCUUUGGACAAGUCAAAAUUACUAUUCAACUUUCUUUGUUUUUCUUAACCGUAAAUUUGCAACGGGAUGAUUGUGCA